GUAAAAUAUAUGAACGACUCUCAACAGAUUAACCAGUCGCAAUACUUUGAACAGCAACAGCCUCUAGAUACGCAGAGCCCAAUGCUCCAACAUACACCAUCGUUUCAAAAAACUCAACAUUUUCAGCAACCUCAUAAAUCCAACGGACAACGACCAGAUGUAGCCAUGAGCCGACAAUCAUCAAUGAAUGGAGGUAGAAAGGGCAGUUCAACAAACUCUGGAUAUCCAGUGGAUAGUAGCAUGCCACACUUGAAACGACCGAGAAUAGAGGAUACACCACAUCCAUACCAACCACAGCUAACACCUAUGAUGGCCAAAGCAGCAUCUAUGCGAGGCAUUUUAUUAUCUGGAUACGAAGUGGUGAAUGGACCAUUUAGCGACUCUAAAUUGCAACGGCGUCCGCCUCGACAAGUUCCUGUAGCAAACGAAUUUCAAGCGAAUAUGCUAUUACAACGAGAAGAUCGUGAGAGAGAAGCAGAGGCAGAGAAGAUUGCGUCUGAAGCAGGCAUCACAACACUUGGCACAUGGGAAUCUGCUCCCGACUCCAAAUUUAAUAACAUGAUUAUACCUAUUCUACCACGGCCAGUAAGCAUACCGCUGAGUGGAAGUACAAAUACUUUAGCACCACCUGGUGGUGCAGGCUCAGAAGCUAUUGGAGCAUCCCAAAUACCUAUGCAAGACUUGCACGGUGCGAGUAGUGGUGGAACACCCUCGUUACACGAUCUGAUUAUGAGCAGGAAUAUCUAG